AUGCCACUAAUUGACUCAUCGGCGAAUAUAAUUGGUCAAAAUGACAUUAGGUAAGAGGUAUACAUUGCUAUUUUGCCUAAAAUAAGGUAAAAAAUGUUGUUUUUGUUCGAACUUUUGGCAGUUUUUAGAUGGAAAUGAUAGUUUUUGAUACAGUGCUUUGUGUUUUAGAUUUUUUAUGGUUAAUAAAUGUGUUUUAUGAUGUAAAAAUAAUUUUUAUUGGUUUAGGAAGAUCCAGAUUUAUUCAAAUUGCAAGUUUCCAUUCACUCCAGUGACAAAAGUAGCGAUAUGUCCGCUUGGAGGGCCGAUUGGUAUGCUUUUACUUUUUUUUUUGGUUUUUAGGUAUUAUGAAAGAAUUUGCAAAAAAAAUUUGUGUUUAAAGAACGAAAUAGGCAUUACAACUCCAGCAGCAAAUACAAUAUCAGCUAAAACUCAAACUUUUUAGCGGUCGCCGGAGCAAAAGACUAUCAAAAUGAGAAGAAUGUGUCAGUUCGUAUUUUGAAAGCGAAUGGCGAGUUUAUAUCUCAAGUUGAAGUCACCCAUUUGCUGGAUUUGUACUGGACAAUGGCUCAAAAACUGGUACUGUUGUGCAAGAAUGGUCGUGUUCUGGUGUAUACAGCAGCUGGGUUGUCGCAUAAAAUAUUUUUCAUGGACAAUAAGACCGAGUCGUUGGACAUAGCAAGUGCACGGAUUUUUCAUACUCGAAAUGCGAUUACUGGGUUGGCUUGUCUUAAAUCGACCGGUCAAUUGUUUGCGGUUAAUGAUGUGGAAUCACAUUUGUUGUGGAGGAUUUCGGAUGUUUCUAGUAAGGUUUUUGAUGGUUUUUAGGGGGAAACUUGAAGUUUAUCACUUCUUUUUGGGCUAGAUUUUAAAGUUUAGGUACUUUUUUGACCUUCUUUGGACAAUAAAUGAUGUUUUAUAUUAAAAAAUGUGUUAUAUUAAGAAAUACAAGAACUUAAAUUUAACGCUAAAGUUUUGUUGGUGGUUUAAAGUUCAUCUUCAGAAUCUCAAAACCUGCCAACCGUUUGGUUGAUGGUACCGUCUUCGGAAGGACCUAUGAUGGUUUGGUAUGCUGGGAAAGGAAGGUUCUUUACAGCUGGGCAAGGAAAACCGCCAUUAUUGAAGGUUCGUCUAAUUUUAAUUUUUUUUUUGAAUUUUUAGGAUUUUGGAAGAUUGAUUAACAAGAUUUUGGACUUUAAGGCUUGAUCAAUAAGCUAUUAAAAGUCGAAGGUCUGAUCAAUAAGUUUAUGACUAACUUAGUUAAUCUUACAAGGGAAUGUUACAAACUGCCCAUUCGAUUUUUAAAAGUGAAUGGUACCAUUUGAAAGAGCGUAAAAAGUUGACCAGAUUUCUAUUUUCAAAAAUUGCUAAUUUUUCCUUACAAGCCCGCAAGCGAGAUUUUAAAAUUAUUAGUGAAAGGGCCUUAUAAGUUGUUAUUCUUUCUUUUGGAUUAUUGUAUUUUUAAAAACCUUAGGUUUUACUUUUUUUAUGUUUUAUUAGAUGUAAGAAGCCAUUAUCAACAAAAAAAAAUUUUUUUUUGAAUAUUAUACUUAAUUAACUUUUAAAUAAAAAAGAAUACCAAUCAAUUACCCAAAAGGAGAAUCGAACCUAAAGUCCAUUGAUUGCGCAAUCACGGCGCCUUUGACCACUCAGCCAUCCGAACACGUUUACUUUCCCCUUUUUUGAAAGAAGCCAAAAGAAAGUGGGUUUAAAAAAUCCGUUUUGAUAGUAAAAAUUUUAAAAGCUCGCUAGCGGGCUUGUAAAGCAAAAUUAGCAGUUUUUGAAAAUAGGUUUCUAGUCAACUUUUUACGCUCUUUCACAUGGUACCAUUCAUUUUUAAAAAGCGAAUGGGCAGUUUGUAACAUUCCCUUGUUAGCCAACGUUUUGCUUAAUUUUAAAGUUCUGAUCUAAAAUUUUUAUUUAGCAAUUAGAAUGGGCGCAAGGAGAUUAUACUGACAUUCAAAUCGACUACAACAAUGAAAAGCUGGCGAUAUUGAAUAAUCAGGGACAUCUACAGAUCGUUUCCACUGAUUUGGAAGAAGAAUAUCUAUCAAUACAGCCGGAGGGCGCUACUUUAAUCGAUUCGGAUAUAUUAUGGUAAGAAAAAUUUUUUUAAUUUGAAUAAAAAACUUAAAAUUACUUUUUAAAUUAUAUUUUUUUUAAACUAUAAUUUGAAAAAAACUCGAUUAAUAGUGAUUUUUAAAGAUUUUUUUUAGGUUUCAAGACGAUAUUAUCUUGCUGAAGUCAGGUACUAACAAGAUAUAUAGUGUUAACAAGGAUGGUGAAACUAAAGAGUAAGUUAGUUUCAGUGGGUAGGAAUAAAAAAUUUAUUUUAAGCUUACAAUUCAUUUUUAAGAUUUUUUCUAAUUUUAACUUUUUUUUGGCUUUAGUUUUCGUUUUUGAGCCUAAAUCUUGUUUUCUAGGGAUGCAAUUAUAAUUUAACCUAAUAUAAGCAAGUAUAAUAUAAUAUAUGUUUUCAGCUUUGCCUUUUCAUCAGAAGUCUACACAGUUCAAGAACCAGAUGGAAUCAAUGUCUACACCACAGACGCGGUUCAUUCUCUACAUCCAGUAUACAAAUCAACACGAAAAGUCUUAUCAAUGGCAUCACAAGCCCCAGGCGCUUUCCUCUACGAAUCUCUAUUGAAAUUUCGCAAAUCAGACCCUCAAGUAACUGAAUAUGUCCAACAGAUUGGUGACAAUGUAAACGAAGCUGUCAAAGAUUGUUUCGAAGCUGCGAAGGAAGUUAGAACGGCUCAGGAGGAGGAAAACUUAUUGGCCGCCGCCGCUUUCGGCCAAUCGUUGAAGAGAAUCACAUUGGCCAGUGAUAGGAUCGAGUUUGCGGAUCAGUGCACUAUCUUUAGGGUGAUAAGGUUCUUGUAUGAUCGAGGAAUACCGCUGAGUUGUAAACAGUUGGACGUGCUGGGGAUUAGGGCGGUAGGUGUUGUUUAUAGAAUUGGUAGCUGGCCAGCUUGAAUUAUAAUUACCCUUUAGGCGUUGUAACUAGCCAAAAACGUGAUUAUAAGCCUUAGAAUAACCUUAAACUUCCCUUGCAUAAAUAAAAACUAAUUUUCAACUUUUCAGGUACUAGACCGCCUCAUAGAGCUCCGACUUUUCGCAGCCGCCGACCUAAUAGCAACUCAAAUGUGCCCCGAAGCUAGGUCUCGAAUCAUCGCUCAUUGGGCACUGGACUCGAUGGAUAAGGUAUCAAAUGGUCUAGCCGAAGAGAAUGUGUUAUGCGAAAGAAUAAUCAAACGUUUCAAAGGACAAAAACACGUGUCCUUUGCUGAAACGGCGUUAGUAGCACACGAAAAAGGCUUACAAAGAUUGGCAACAAAGCUGCUGGACUUGGAGACGGAUGUCAGCAAACAAGUCCAGACCUACUUGAAGCUGAAGAAACAGGAAAAAGCAUUGGAGAUUUGCUCCAAAUGCAACGAUCCCGAUUUGUGUGGGUUUUUGAAUUGAAGUAUUAGUAGUUUGAGUAGAUUUUUGAAUUUUUCUUUUAAUUUUUUUGGUUUUUAGUGUACCUGGUGAUAAGACACUUGAAAACGGACAGAAAUCCAAGAGAAUUGGAACUGAUUUUGCAAAAAGUACCAAAUGUGUUUCAAAUGUACAAGGUAAGAAAAUAAUGGAAGACUUAAUAGGAUUCUCACAUCGUUAACCUUUUUUAGCUUGUAAUUUCAUUGAUAGGCCUAAAAAUUCAUUUUUAAGCCUAAAAUGAAUUUUUAAGCUUAAAUUUUAUUUUUAAAUCUAAAAUUUAAUUUCUAAACCUAAGAUUCAUUUUUAAGCCUAAAUUUCAUUUUUAAAACUACAAUUAGUUUUUAAGCCUAAAAUUGAUUUUUUGAGCUUAAAAUUUAUUUUCAUGUCUAUAAUUAAUUUUUAAGCCUAAAUUUUAUUUUUAAGCCUAAACUUUAAUUUCUAGACUUAAAAUUUAUUUUUAAACUUAAACUUUCAUUUUUAAGCUUAAACUUUUAUUUUUAAAUUUAAUAUCAGGUUUAAGCCUAAAAUUGAUUUUUCACACUUUAAUUUUUAGGAAAUGACAAAAGACGAGAACCCAACCCGCCUAUUAGCUUUAUACAAACAAAGUGACGACUUCCGACGACAAUCUCUAUAUUACCUACAUUCCGCCGCCGAUAACAGCGUUUUUGACGCCGAAAAGCUGGCCGAAAACUUAUCAAAAGCUCAGGAAACUCUACAAUCAGGUGGUCAUACCUACUUAGCCGGCCUGACAAAACAACAUCAACAAUUAGUGGCGGAUAAUGCGGUUCUGGAAGAGAAAUAUCAUACGAGUUUGGUGGACAAAAGCUUGAAACAAACCUUUCAAUGGGCUGUUUUGGAGGUGAGAAUGAGGGUUUUGAGUGGGGUAUAGAUAACGUGAAGUGUUGGUUUAUUACAAAUUUAGAAGUUGCUUUUUAAGACUAAAUGAAGGUUUUUUUAGGCUUGUGUUUUAUUUUUAGAGCAUGUUUAGGAAACUUACUUUUAGGCUUGGAUGGGCGUUUUAUUUCCUUAAACGACAUUUUUAAGCUUAAGAUGAAAUUUUUAGGCUUUAAAGCUAAUUUUAUACCUAAAAAUCCAGUUAAUUUGAUUGCGGCCUACACUUUUAUUUUUAUGCAUAAAGUGCCAUUUUAAGCCUAGAAUUUCGUUUUUAGCCUGGUAUUUAUUUUUAAGGCUAAACUUUAUUUUUUAGUUCAAAAUGAAGUUUUUAGGCUUAAAAGUUCAUUUUUAAUCUCAAAAUUCACGGUAAAAAUCAUUUUGAGGCCUAAAUUUUUAUUUUGAAUUUUUGGCAUAUGCUUCUUUUUGAGCAUAAAAUGACGUUUUUAGGUUUAAAGUUUCAUUUUUAAGCGUAAGUUUCUUUUUUAGCUCAAUGUUUUAAAAUGUUAACGUUAUUUUUAAGUUUAAAAUGCUAAUUUUAAAUAAUAUUUUCAUAAAUAGCAUUAUUUUUAACCUCAAAAUCAUUUUAGCGCCCUCAACAAGCCGACGUUCUCCGCAAGAAACACAAACUCACAGACUUUCAAUAUUGGCUAUGGACAUUGGAAACAUUGGCCGCUAACGAUCAAUGGCAGAGGUUCGAACACUUUGCCAGAGAACACAAACCGCCAAAGGGCUUCUUCCCUUUGAUUGAGAUCUUGGCCAAGUACAAGAGGAGCGACUUGGCCACAAAGUUUGUGGAAAGUGUUUCAGCUCAGGAUAAGCCUAAAGCUUACGCUAUUUUAGGGUAAGGAGGUUUGAAUUGUUUUUUUUUGGGGAAGGGCUUACUUUUGAGUCAGAAGAGGGCAGGCGUACUUAGUGCUAUACCUCAAAGCAUACUUAGGCCUAUGGUUCAAAGCAAGCCUAGUACUAAACCUCAAAUCAUGCUUCGUAAUAAAACUCAAUAUUGAUACCUAAAAUUUCAGAAUGUAUGAAAAGUCAUGUCGCGCCGCAAUGGAACGUGAAGAUUUCGAAUUCCUACAUCAGUUAAAGCUCCAACAGCCUGAGGAAUCAAGUGAAUAUAGGGAAAUUCAACGAAUUGUCGAUGGAUUAACAGCUCAACCUUCAACUUCUGCCUAG